CAAAGGUCGGUCACGCAAGUAUCGUCAAGGUAAGCUGAAGAGCUACUGCUGAAGAGGCGCACAAUCUGCUCGGAAUACAACUCAGACGCAGGGAGCUGGAACCUGCGUGCACUAGGGAGGCACGCGAGGGCUACCGGGAGGUUCAUGGAGGGGAGGAGGUCACGAUUUCAGCUUCAAUAGUGUUUGGGGUCGCACAUGCAAAUGAGACCACCUCAGGAGAAGAAAAGAAUGUCCAAGAAGAUGGAAGCUAGGCGUCAACGACGAAGCCCAGCGCUUUAUCACACCGGAUGACGAAGGGACACAUCCGUGGUCUCCUUCAGUCGCGUGUGGCGUUAAAUCCUGGGCGCAAUGUAGGAGAUGCGUAGUUGGGUGCUCCACAGCUCGUGCAGCACAUAAUGGAAGCUGCAGUACUGUCGAUGCAAUAUCUUUUUUGCCGCUGACGAUGGAGAGUGGGUCGGCACAACGAAGACAGGCGAAAUGUGACGACGUGCAGGAGAGAGCCAGCAGGCAUGGAUUCUCUCCUCGGGGCAGAUUGGCGUCUCGUUGCAACAUUAGGAGACUAAGAGAUAUCUUGACUCACUCGAUUCGUUGCCUACCCACAGGCAAGAUGACUAAGGGUACGACUUCGUUCGGUAAGCGACACACCAAGACGCACACGCUGUGCCGUCGCUGUGGCCGGCGCUCGUUCCACAAGCAGGACAAGAGCUGCGCUUCGUGCGGCUUCCCUCGCGCGAAGACCCGCUCAUACCAGUGGGGCAAGAAGGCCAUUCGCAGGCACACUACCGGUACUGGUCGCAUGCGCCACAUGAAGGACGUCCCGCGACGGGCAAAGAACGGCUUCAGGACCGGCGUUGCGAAGAAGGCGACUCCGGCUUCUGCAUAGAUGUCUGCCCUUUCGUACCAAAGACCAGUCAAGUAGGUCACACUCCACCGCCCUCCGGGAAUGCCGCCUUUUGAGCAUACAUGAAGCGGCCGAAGUAACCUGUUCUCUGGAUGGCUCUUACCGUCUUCUCUCACGCUUUGUCGAGAUUGUAAAACAGCAACAUGAUAUGCAUCUAGCGAUGAUCCAUGCCCAC